UUUCAAAUAAAAUAUUAUGUCCGAUGAAGAAAUUGAAAUUUUUCCAACAUUUCCAAUGCUAAAUGAAAAUCAAAUGAAUAUUGACAACAGCGAUUCUGAAAAUGAAGGUGAUAGUCAUGGUGAUAAUGAAGGUCAUAGUGACUCCUCUGAAGAAGUUAUGAAAGAUGACAGCAAUAUUCCUCCUCGUAGCGUUGCUUGGACAUAUUUUAAGCGAGAUCAACAAAAUAUUAAAAAAUCUAUUUGCAACAUUUGUGCUCAAGUUCUCAGUUUACCGACAGGAACAACUUCACCAAUGUUCAAUCACCUUCGUGCUAAACAUAAAGAUGUUUAUAAAAUAUGUAUUGCAGAAGAACGGAAUAAAAAGCGCAAAGAGUUCUGA